ACCUUGUAUCGUCCGUUCAUUUACUCACCCGGAACAAUAACAGGCGGAAACCAGCAGAGAUGGCGCGAGCGGCGAAGUCAGCGUUGGUGCUGUGCAUGGAUGUGGGUUUCUCCAUGAGCAACUCUGAGCCGGGUCAUGAACCACCCUUUGAACAAGCCAAAAAAGUCAUCCAGAAGUUCGUCCAGCGGCAGGUGUUUGCUGAGAAUAAAGACGAGGUGGCUCUGGUGCUGUUUGGUACUGAUGGCACUAAGAACCCUCUGGCCAAAGACGGGCAGUACGAGAACAUCACGGUCCACCGGCACCUCAUGAUGCCUGACUUUGAGCUGCUCCAAGAGAUCGAGAGUGAACUUCAGCCUGGUGGUCAGCAAGCAGACUGGCUUGAUGCUCUUGUGGUUUGCAUGGACCUUCUGCAGAAUGAAACCAUGGGGAAGAAAAACGAUCGUCUGAACAUCGUCCUGCUGACGGAUCUGAAUAUACAGACCUCGGCGGACCAGCUGGACGUCAUCAUCAAAAACUUGAAGAAAGCUGGUAUCACCAUGCAGUUCUUUUUGCCGUUCCCUGUGGAUGAUGAGGACCGAGGGGAUGGUGACGGGGACGGACCGGGACCGUCAGCGGCUCCACCCCGUCCUGGAAAAGGCUUGAACAAACAGCAGAAACAAGGACUGGAGAUGGUCAAAAACAUCAUGACCAGCCUAGAGGAGGAGGACGGCCUGGAGGAGGUCUACACCUUUAGUGAUGCUCUGGAGAAGCUGUCCAUCUUCAAGCGCAUCAACAGGAGGCCGAUGGCGUGGCCCUGUCAGAUGACCAUCGGCAGCGCGCUGACCAUCCGCAUCGUUGGAUACAAAGCUGUGACGGAGGAGAAGGUGAAGAAGUCCUGGGCCGUUGUGGACGCUCAGAGUCACCAGCGGGAGGACGUCAAGAGGGAAUCGGUUUACUGCCUGAACGAUGACGAUGAAACUGAAGUACAGAAGGAUGACACUAUCCAAGGUUUCCGUUAUGGAAGUGACAUCGUUCCGUUUUCAAAGGUGGACGAGGAGCAGAUGAAAUAUAAGCAUGAUGGGAAGUGUUUUGCUGUGCUUGGCUUCACUAAACAGGAGGCGAUUCGUCGUCAUCAGUUUAUGGGAAGCCAAGUUGUCAAAGUUUUUGCUCCCAGAGAUGAUGAGCAUGCGGCAGUGGCUCUGUCCGCUCUGAUUCAUGCCCUUGACGGUCUAAAGAUGGCAGCGAUUGUGCGUUAUGCUUACGAUCGCCGCAGCAAUCCUCAAGUGGGCGCCGCCUUUCCCUGCAUCAAGGAGAAAUAUGAA